AUGACUUCGACGUCGCCUACAAAACUGAUUCCUUCAAUAAAGGAUAUAUUUCCACAAAGCCAAAUGCAGGAGCACGGAAGACCACCCCCGGCGGUGGACGCUCCUCUACAACAGGGACAAGCAUCGAUAAAUCAACACCAUAUGGAUGCGGCACAUGCCCGUGCAGAGUCUUUACCUCACCCGCUGGCGUCGUCAGCGUCUCCAGAUUCAAGUAACUCAAAAUCGACUGACCCACCUCGCAAGAGGUCUAAAAUAUCUCGUGCAUGUGAUGCUUGUCGACGAAAGAAGAUAAAAUGCAAUGCUGAAUAUUCAACAACCUUGAGUAAAGUGACUCAAAUUUGUAACAAUUGUCAGAAAAAUGGAGAUGAAUGUACGUUUUCAAGAACUCCUUUGAAAAGGGGUCCCUCAAAGGGGUAUCUGAAAGAAUUUGAGGACAGAGAAGGUCAAUACGAAGAAGCGGUUGACGGUCAAUAUAUACAGGCGCAACCUAGUGCUGGUCUGAAUGGUAGUGUGGCCCAACCACAGCCUAUCAAUGUCUACAGCACCGACCAUAGGCAAUCGCAACCACCCCAACAAUUUCCUCAAAACAGUUUACCUUUCCCGCAAAUACGGCCGAAUUCGCAACAAAUGUCCACCAUCAAGCUUCCUCCGAUUAUUAGCUACAAUCAGAAGACUGCAUCUCCGGCAAUACACAAAGUAAUGGCCAACGAGGUGAGCCCAUCAAGUCCUCCAGUGCAACAGAAUGCACCUCAACCCAACAAUAACAACAACAAUAACAACAAUAAUAGCCCUCCAAUCCAAGGGCCUUUCUGGAAAGUGCCCUACGAGAUGCCUCGAGUUUCUGGACCGCACCGCUCUUCAAUCAGUAGUGUAACAAGCGGCAGUGGAAAUAGAAGAAGGUCUUCCAUAGACUCAGUUUCAUCAACAUCAACAACAAACUCAAAAUUGCCCAUUCUUAGAAACAAUAGUGAGUUUCUUAGCGAUAGUGAGUCUGAAGAUUUCUACUCGGUUAGAUCCUCCUCGUCGCAUCGUCCACCAAUGAUGCGCACAAAUUCGCAAUCAAUAUCACCGAGAAAUUCGGUGACUUCUUUGUCGAGUCUUAGCGGAAGGGUCAACAAAUCAAUGGUUUUGCAAGGUGGGCCUAUUUCACCCAUGACAUUGUCAAAAGCUGGAACACCGUAUAAUGCAUUUGCAGGUCAGGAACUUGCAAGAUCAAAUCUGCAAUUACAAGUGCCGCCGCCAGGAGGAUUUAAUCAGAGCUCGCCAAUGGAUAUGCUCAAAGCCGACUUGGAUAUCUACGAUAAGCACUUUGCCGUGACGUAUCCUGUGAUUCCUAUUGAGAUAGAACAAUUGGUACUGAUGAUACGAACGGCAGGAAUGGAGGCGCCAACUGAAAAUCUUGUCGAGUGCUUCCACAUAGCUAUCAAUGACCUUGUUAAUUUCAAAACGGUUGCUGAAUACACCACAAUUUCCGUGUUUUUCAAGCUACAACAGUUUUAUCAACACUCAAAAGUAAACCGCGCAUCGACGUUUUUGUAUGCCGUUACCCUAGUCGUUCUUAACUACUGCUUACUAUUAAAGGGAACCCAUUACUCAUUGGGUAUAGCAUCAGCAGCGUCCUUUUUAAAUGACUUGAACGCUGUGGAUCAAGUGUUUGAUCAAACUGACAACUCCUCCGACAACAGGCUUGCCAAGUUGUAUCUUACUUUAGAUAUAAUUGACUCCAUUGGUAGUUUGAAAGCAGGGGUUCAAAAGACUGUUGCAGCUGGCAAUUUACCCUUGUUUGUGGACAAGAACAAACUAACUUUGAAUAACUUUGUGUAUCAACUUUACACAGCUCUUUCUUGCUUGUUGAAAGUGAGAAACGGCAUAAUUACCUCAAACGUGGAGAAUGUUGGCAAACUCGACACUAACGAUGAAUUUCUUACCCAAUUUGGCAACUUGAUCUACCACAAAUAUGAACUAUUUCAAAUUGUCGGCAACCUAGCCAACAGUCGACCCAAUUUAGAAAUGUCCUUGGAGGUAUUAACGACAACCAUAUUAAAUUUUGCCAAUUAUCUAAGUACCACCACAAUGUCCAACAAGCAGAUCCUAAACCCAUGCUUGAGUUUAUCCAUCGACCAACUAUUCUACACUAUCAAGCUCGUCAAGAUUAUCGUUGACAACACCUCCACUGAAGCUCCCAAGCUCAAUAGCAACCUAUCCAUAUCGUACAAUUUGUUGAAUCUUAAUUUGGCGAAUUUGCAACUUAAUGAACAAACUGUAAGACAGAUUAAACAAAGGAUUGUCGAUAGUCCACUUGACUUUUCCAAGGCAGAGUCAAAUCCUGACUGGGUCAAUGCUGUCAGCACAAUGAUCAGGUCUGACGUGAUAAGUCGCUCCUUCCUUACAUAA